AUGAUACCAUUCUAUGCUCCGCACGAAUAUCUGAGACACAAAGCCCAGGAACACUUCUAUGCAACACAUCCGGGAUCAUUUGAGCAGCCCGAUAAGACCCAUGGUUUUCGUAGUAGAUCGAGCCAAGAUGGUAGUCGACAUCACGAGUGCCAGGAGAAUUUUAGCCUUGCUAUUCUACAAACUUGCCGCCAAAUCUAUCAUGAAGUCAAGGACGUUCUCUAUUUCUCGAAUACAUUUUCCUUCCGGAAUCCACCUGCUCUUCCGCUUUUCGCGAGCUCGCUUCUCAAGUCCUCGGCCAACCCACGCUUUGCAACUCGCAGCCUUCAUCUCAGCAUCCAGCUCCGUCACGGCAGCGACCACGACGAAUGGAACAUAGCCAUCAGACACAUUCCAAUCUACAUACGAACUGUCCAGAGCCUAUGCAUCAACCUGAACCUGGACAUCGCUGACCCGGACUACUUAGUUAUUCAAUAUAGCGCGAUUAUGAGCUCAACAUUCCAUUUAGUCGGGGAACCAUACCAGCUACGCUUUUUGCCGUUGAAAACAUUGGUGGUGAUUGUGGCGGAUGAGGACUGGGCAGUCACCCGACGCCGGGAAGAACGGUUCAGCACUCUUGAAGACGAAUCUCCAGAAACAGGAACAUGCGAGAAGGUACACCAUUUGUGCAGGGAGUAG